UACAACAAUUUGUCAUCACCGAUUAUUUUAAUUAAAAUAACUUGUGUAAUUUUGUAAAUGAAAUUUUGCUAAUAUACUAGAUAGUAACAUGUGUUUUUGUGAGAACGCUGUCCGAUGGUUUACGUAAAUCUAAGAGGAUGUCUGCAAUGCUUACACCCCUGUUUUUUACUUGGCGUUGGUCUUUCGCUUUGUAGAGAAACGAACAAUAUCCAUUCAAUGUGCCGAAAAGCAAAUCAAGGCUCAUCCCAAAGCCUCUGUGAAGAAGGCCAGUGAUGGAGGUUGGAGCGCGUGCACUGGAUGUAUUACCCCUGCUGCAGGAGAGAGUGGCAUCUCUCACUGGAGGGCGGGACCGGCGCGGCGGGCCUAUAAUAUGGUUCCCCGCAAAUUCACGACGCGAUCGCGUCACACCAGAUGACUAUCGACGCUUGCUUCAUUACCUUAUUAGCAUACCUAGUGAAACAGUGAGAUCCCAUGGCUUUAUAAUUUUAAUUGAUAUGAGAGGAUCGCCAUGGGCGGCAAUAAAGCCCAUCCUGAAAGUGUUGCAAGAGCACUUCUCUUCAUCCGUCCAUCAGGCACUAGUAGUAAAGCCUGACAACUUCUGGCAAAAGCAACGCACAACAAUAGGAGCACAUAAAUAUAAGUUUGAGACUACCAUGAUUAGUUUAGAAGCACUACCCAAAGUUAUAGACAGUUCUCAGUUGACACCAGAUUUGGAUGGAACUUUGCAGUAUGAUCAUGCCCAGUGGAUUGAUCUCAGAUUGGCACUUGAAGAGUUGAUGUGGCAAGCGGGAGAGCUGCUCGAUCGACUGGACGAUUUGCAAGAGGAUGUGGCGCGCGCUGACUUCGCGGAUGACGUCACUGGUGCCAGGAGAGCUAUCGACGCGCAUGCAGACAUAAACAAGAGGCUUGCCAAAGUGCCUGUUGACGAACUGGAAGCUCAGGGAGAACGCGUGGUACAGCGGCUGGAGUCCGCAGCGGCGGCUUGCGCCGAAGCUAGCGGCGGUGGGGCCACGGAAGCCGCGUUCCACUGCGGCUCGCCCGCGUCGCUCCGCUCGCAGCUGUCCGCCGUACGCUCAGCGCACGCGCACGCGCAUAAGCUGUGGCAGCACAAGAAGAUGCAGCUCGACCAGUGUUUCCAGCUCAGGCUGUUUGAACAGGACUGCGAGAAGAUGCUGGAGUGGAUAGUGAACCAUCGCACAGCAUUCCUGGCGACAUACGUAGAGAUUGGACGAUCUUGCGCUGCCGCUAAACGUCUGCAGGAAGAACACGCCAGGUUUGCGGCGGCGUGCACGGGUGGUGGGCGGCCCAGCGUCGCACGCGUCACAGCCGCCGCGCGCAGACUUGCGGACAAACGACACUACGCGGAGACGCAGAUAACGGCGCUCGCGCAUCGUCUCGAACGCGCCUACAAACAGCUCUCUGCAGGUUUGGAGGAACGUUCAGCUGUGCUGUCGCUAUCGGUCGUGUUCCACCAUAAGGCGGAGGCCUACGCGGGGGCUGUGGGUGGAUGGGGCGCUCAGUGCGCCGUGGCCAUUCAGUUAGCCGCGGGUGGACCGGGGGCGCCACCCUGUGCAGACCCGCGCGCCCUAGAACAACACACUCAAAGACACCGUCAGCUUUACGAGCACAUGUGUCAGGCUUAUACUGAGGUUCAUUCGACAAGUAAGAAACUUCUGUACCAACUUGAUCAUUUAGUGCAAGUUUGUCACCAGACAGAUCCAGCAGACAUGAAUGAAGGCUCCGUGAGUUCCGCCGGAGGCAGCGGCGGUGAUCCCGCAGCAGAUUACAGCUCAGGCGCGAAUCACGUGCUAGCAGUCAUUCAUCAGAUACUGGGUCAUCACAGAGCUCUCGAAUCUCGGUACCACCAAGCGCGACUCAAACUGCACCAGAGACUCGCGCUCCUGCUAUACAAGGAAGACUGUAGACAGGUGUUGGAUUGGUUAGGCAAUCACGGCGAGAAGUUCUUGAUGAAAAACACAGGCAUAGGAAAGAAUCUCCACAAGGCUAGGACCUACCAAAAAUCUCACGAACAUUUUGAAAAUGUUGCACAGAACACGUACACAAACGCCGAGAAGCUUCUAGCGGCGGCCGAGGAGCUCGCAAGGUCAGGCGAAUGCGACGCUGAAGAAGUAUUGGGCGUGGCGCGAGAACUCGAAGCUCACGUCGCUGCAUUCGCCGCUAGAGGCGAUCGACGAAGAAGGCGGCUCGACUUGGCUGUAUUACUCUACACGCACGAGAAAGAGCUACUACAAUGGCUGGAGACUCUUCGCAGCGGCGGCGGUGGAGCCAGCGGCGUGACGGACGAAAGCCCAGAGGCGGCGCGACGUGCGUUGGAGCAGUGCGCGCAACAUCGCGCCGCUUCACUCGACGCUUGCGCUGCUACCAUCGCCCAUGGCGAAGCGUUGCUCCAGGACUUGAGAUCAUCCGGCGAAACAGAGGCGGCGAGUACGACGGCGGUAGAGUCGACGCUGGAGCGGCUGCGAGGCACUCGGAGUGCGCUGGAGGAACUCUGGUCGGACCGGGAGCGACGGCUCGAGUUGACUCUGCAGCUCCGCCAUUUUGAAAGGGACGCGCUUGAGGUAUCGUCGCGCCUCGAGCUAUGGGGCGACGAGCUACAACGCACGGAGCCGCCGCGCGAUCCCCAACAGGCGGAGCAGGCGCUGGCCGCCCACAACGAGAGCGUAGCCAGGAUGCAGCAUGCCACCUUCCAGGUGGUUCAACAAGGACAAGAGCUGGCGGCCGCAAUCGCAGAAGCAUCCGACGUAAUGGCUUCGAGUGCGGACAGUUCAGAAGGCGCUCCGACAGACGCGCAGGCCCGCGUGCAGUUACUACUCGAAUUCUUACACGACAGACAGUUGGAUUUGGAGGAAUUGGCCGAAGAGAGGCGCGCGCGUUUCGAACAAUGCGUGCAACUCGGCCAGUUCCAGAAGGAUGCGGCACAGGUGGUCAGCUGGAUCAGGAACGGUGAAGCGAUGUUGUCCGCUUCGUUCUCCAUACCGGGAACGUUGCCUGAGGCUGAGCAACUCAAGCGCGAACACGACCAGUUCCAAGUGGCUGUGGAGAAGACCCACGCGAGCGCCGUGCAAGUGAAGUAUAGGGCAGACGCGCUGCGUGCGGCUAACCAUUAUGAUCCGCAUACCAUAAGAGAAAUAUCCGAGGAAGUGACCGAGAGGUGGCAACGGCUAGUGACGUGCGCGGAAGAGCGUCACAAACUGGUGACGGCGUCCCUCAACUUCUACAAGACGGCAGAACAGGUGUGCUCGGUGUUGGACUCCCUGGAGCGGGAGUACCGGCGCGACGAGGACUGGUGCGGCUCGUCGGCCGCGCCGGUCGCCACGUCGGCGUCCGUGUCCGUGGCGUCCUCCACGUCCAACGUGUACGCUUCCUCCUCCGCCGACUCGGACGAGAAUACGAACUUGGAUAAAGCGUCUCAGGUUGCCGCGUUGAUAGUGAAGCACGGCGAGCAGAAGGAGGCAUUCCUGAAGGCGUGCACGCUCGCCAGGCGCACGGCGGAGACGUUCCUGAAGUACGCGGCUCGCUCGGCGCAGGUGCACGGACAGACGGCGGCGGCGAGCAAGGCUCACCACGAGCAAACGCGCGCCAUACUCGACACGCUGCUCGCGCAAGAGAACAAGGUCCUGGAGCACUGGACGGUGCGCAAGAAGCGGUUGGAGCAGUGCCAACAGUUCGCUCUGUUCGAGCGCUCGGCGCGCGCCGCCGUCGAGUGGAUCCGGGAGACGCAGGAGCGCUGCGGCGCGGCGGCGGCGGCGGCGGCUGGUGGUGUGGCGCGCGAGUCGAGAGAGCGUGUGCGGUUACUUGCGCAGCUAGCUGACGGGCUCGUGGAGAAAGGCCAUCCGCACGCCGUGCAGAUCAAGGAGUGGGUCGCCGCCGUGGACGCGAGAUACGCAGAGUUCAGCGGUUCGAUGGAAGGCGGCGAGAGCGAGGCGGAGAGCGACUCAGGCAUUGGCAUUGCCGCGUCGCUGAGUUCGGUGCAGACGAGCGAAGCGGAAGCGCGCGUGGAGGCGCCGCCCGCCGCGCACUCGGACGAGAAGCGACGCAGCGCGCGACGCAAGGAAUUUAUAAUGGCCGAGUUGCUGCAGACAGAGCGCGCUUACGUCAAAGAUCUGGAGACCUGCAUCACGUGCUACUUGCGCGAAAUGAGAACGGAUCCCGCCGCCGUUCCGACUGCACUUCAAGGGAAGGAGGAGCUAAUAUUUGGGAACAUAGAGGAGAUACACCGAUUCCACGAGCGCGUGUUUCUACGCGAGCUCGACAAGUACGAGACAAUGCCGGAGGACGUCGGCCACUGCUUCGUGACGUGGGCGCGCGAGUUCGACAUGUACGUGUCUUACUGCCGCAACAAGCCCGACAGCAACGCCGCCGUCGUGCAACACGCGGGGGAUUACUUUGACAGGGUACAACGUAAAAAGAAACUGGAGCAUCCUUUGGCGGCCUAUCUUAUAAAGCCGGUGCAAAGGAUAACCAAAUAUCAGCUAUUACUAAAAGACCUACAGGCUUGCUGCGCCGAAGGACAAGGAGAGAUUAAGGACGGUUUGGAAGUUAUGCUGUCCGUACCGAAGAAGGCGAAUGACGCGAUGCAUUUGUCAAACUUAGAAGGCUGCGAUGUCCCACUGGACAGCCUCGGUGAGGUGGUGCUACAGGACUCGUUCCAAGUGUGGGACCUUCGGCAGAUAAUCAAGAAAUGUCGCGAAAGAAGAGUCUUCCUCUUCGAUCUGCAUCUACUCCUCGCCAAGGAGGUCAAAGACACCCACGGGAAAGCUAAAUACAUAUACAAAACUAAAUUCAUGACAUCGGAGCUAGGCGUGACAGAACAUAUAGAAGGUGACGAGUGCAAAUUCAGUGUAUGGACUGGCCGCGAGCCGAUGGCCAGCGAUUGUCGUAUCGUGCUAAAAGCUCCUUCUCUUGACGUCAAACAGACCUGGGUGCGACGCCUUAGGGAAGUCAUACAGGAAACAUACUUCAGCGGAGCUUUGCAGCAACCGCCUCGGAGUCCUGCUCGCGCCCGCCCUGCUAGUUCACAGCGCUCCAGCAGAGAUUUUGAAGACACAGACACAGAUAACCUUGACCGCAACUCCCUCGCCUCGUUCGGCAGCGGCAACACCACUGACUCCGAUAAGGCGGGAGCGGACACAUGGGUGGUCGCGGAGCACACGGCCAGCAGCGCCGGUGAGAUAUCCGUGAGCAAGGGCCAGCAGGUGGAAGUGCUGGAGGCGUGGGCCGCUCGCCCCGACUGGUGGCUCGUGCGCCUGCCAGGGGAGCCCCCGCAGGAGGGGGCCGUUCCCGCCGCCGUGCUCAAACCGCAGCCCCAACAGAAGACCUCGCCGUCUAGACGACCGCUCAGCCAGCCGUCCGAUGAUACUGCAGAAGCUCCCUCGGAGCCCGGAUUGAGCACCAGCGCUGCCAGCCCCGGGAAACAUAAGAAGGGAAUCAUACCAAGGCGAUGGAUCCCGCGCCCCAGCAAGUCGCAGGCUAAAGGCGAGAAGGCGCCUGCAGGCGCCAAGUCUCCCGCCACCGCCGAGAAACCGUCCUUGAAAAAAGUUCCAUCUGAAAAGAAACUCAAGCUGCCGUAUGCCGAGACUGUCCGCCUGGAGGAUGGGGAGAACAACGCCGUCGCUCUUGAUGACGCCGAGGAUGACGCAGCUGACCUGGAACUGCCACCUCCCAUGGAGCCUAUCCAGGAUCCGCAAGCGGUGCUGCAGCAGGCGCCGAUCCCAACUGCAACGGCGGCCGCACCAGUUGCUCGGAACUCGUUGGCAUUGGAUGCGCUGGAAACUAACGGCGGUCCCGCCGAUAUCGCCGAAAUAGAACAAAUAGUCAAGGAAAAAAUGGAGCAACACGGUGGAGGCGCGGUAGGUGCGGCGCGUGGCGCCGACGGUGCUGACGCUGAGGAGGAAGAGGCCGCCGCAGUCGCCGACGGUGUGGAGGCCACUCUGAAGAAGCGGGAGUACGUUCUGAGGGAACUGUACGAGACGGAGGAGGUUUACGUUUCGGACCUCCGCCUUGUCUGCGAGGGCUACAUGAAAUACAUGAUGGAACCCAACUCUGAGCCACCAGUCCCUGAGGCUCUCCGAGAUCGUCGUCUGCGGAUGAUCUUUGGCAACAUCGAAGCCAUCUACGAGUGGCAUCGCGACAAAUUCGUUCGCGAGUUGGAGGGAUGUAUCGAAGCGCCGGAGAAGCUCGGCCCGCUGUUCCGCGGCUUCCUCGAGAGGAAGAUCAACAUGUACGAGAUCUACUGCCGCAACAAGCCCGUGUCCGAGUACAUCGUGUCCGAACACGAGAACUACUUUCACGAGUUGCGUCACAAGCUCGGACACAAGUUGCAGCUCGGUGACCUGUUGAUCAAGCCGAUUCAGCGCAUCCAGAAAUACCACUUGCUCGUGAAGAAAGUGCUGACUUACUCCGAGAACGCCAACGCACCUGCGCACGUGCUCGCUGCCCUGCGUGACGCCGUGCAGUGCACUUCCACCAUCCCAAAGAACGCUAACAACAUGAUGGAAGUCGGCCGCCUGAAAGGCUUCACGGGCAAUAUUCAGGCACAGGGACAGUUUAUGUUUCAAGAGCCGCUGGUCGUGUCUGAUGCCAACUGCUCCAGUGACAAGGGGAAAGAGCUCCACGUGUUCCUGUUCCAACAGUGCGUGAUCUUUGCCGAGGCUGUCGGCAAAAAGACUCAAUUUACCAGCCCGACCUACAACUAUAAGGCCCACGUACUGAUCAAUAAAAUGGAACUGGAAGAAGUGGAGGGCACUAAUAUGUUCAUAAUCCACACCGUCGAUACUACUAAGCCGUCUAAGAGGCAGUCGUUCCUCUGCCGCGCCCCUGAGGUGCGUCGCAAGCACUGGAUCCAGACUCUGUCAACUAUACUGAAGUCGCAGCAAGAGUUUGGCGCAUUCCUGGAGAACCCCAGCCUCAUUAAACACCGUGAGGUCAACGCCACUGCCGUGGGUGAGGGUUGGUGCGGGCUCCGCAAGACUGAGAGCGUCCCGCCGUCCGUGGGCGGGAGACUGGCGCCGGAGCUCCGCGGUCGCACGCAGCGCCCACAUGCCAAGGCCAACACUAUCAACCUGCCCUCCAGCGCGCGGGACGACUACAAGAAGGCCUCUGCCAACGGGUUGCCGAAGCGCGCCUGGGGACUGAAGUUGAGGCGCGGCGGCGGGGGCGAGGCGGCGGGCGAGGGCGGCGAGGGCGCGCUGACGGAGCUGCGCGCGCCCGAGCUGGCCGAGCCCGCCGCCGACGUGACGGUGGCGGCCGGCGCCUCGGCCACGCUGGCGUGCCGCGCCGCCGCCACGCGCGCGCACGCCUCCUGGCGCAAGACGGCGCCCGAGACGCUCGCGCUGCGCCACGGCGGCCGCUUCGCCCUGCACUUCGCGCCCGACGGACUCGCCACGCUCACCAUCCACGCGUGCCGCGCCUCCGACGCCGGCGUGUACUGCUGCCUCGUCAGCAACGAGCUGGGCGGCGUGCAGAGUUCGGCGCGCCUCACCGUGGGCUCUGGCGGCGCGCCGGGCGUGCCGGCCGUGCGCGCGCACCCGGGCGGCGGCCUCGUCGUGCAGUGGGACGAGUCGGAGCCCGUGCACCUGGAGUACUGCCGCGUCGGCGAGGGCGAGUGGCGGCGGGCCACGGAGACGCCGGCGGCGGCCAACACGCUGGCGCUGGAGGAGCUGCCCGCGGGCACCUACAGCUUCCGCGUGGUGAGCGCGCGCAGCGGCGCGGCCGGCGCGGCGUCGGGCCCCGCGCCCUGCGGCGGCGGCGGCACGUGGCAGCGCGAGCAGUUCGCGCGCCGCUACACGCUCGAGGAAGAGAUCGGCCGCGGCCGGACGUCACGCGUGCUGGCCGCGCGGGACACCGGCACGGGGCAGCGCGUCGCACUCAAACAGGUGGCGAGCGGGCGCGGCGCGGACGCGGUGCGCGAGUACCGCAUGCUGUCGCGUGGCGCGCACGGCGGCGUGGUGCGCGCGCUGGCGCUGUUCGCGGAGGUGCCGCGCGCGGGCGCGCACACGCUGGUGCUGGAGCUGGUGACGGGCGGCCCGCUGCUGGACUGGGCGGCCGCCGCGCCCGACCUCUACACUCAGCGCACCGUGGCACAGCACACGCGCCACCUGCUGUCCGCGCUCGACUGGCUGCACGCCAACAAGGUGGCGCAUCUGGACGUGCGCCCGGAAAACAUCCUGGUGGAGUUGGGUGGUGCACAGCCGCAGUUGAAGCUGGUGGACCUUGGGUCGGCGGUGGAGCUGGAGGGCGGCGCAGGGGCGGGGCCGGUGGAGGGCGCGACGGUGCUGCCCCCUGCGCCCGCGCAGCUCGAGUUCGCGCCGCCGGAGUGCGUGCUGGGUCGCCCGCCCGCGCCCGCUUGGGACGCCUGGGCCACCGGCGUCUUCCUCUACGUGUUCCUCACUGGGCUGUCGCCAUUCCUGGACGAGUCGAUAGAGGAGACGACUGCCAACAUCAUCAAGUGCGACUACUGCUUCCCGCCGGAGCACUGGGCGGGCGUGGGCGAGCGCGCGCAGAGCCUCAUCCGCCGCCUGCUGGAGCCCGCGCCGGCGCGCCGCCUCUCGCCCAGCGACGCUUUACGGGACCCCUGGUUCGAGGAGGCGAGCAACGCGACGCUUUCCGCGACCCAACUGAAGACGUUCCUAGAGCGCCGAAGGCCAUCCGGGCUGGGCAACGCGUUGCACUCUCUCCGUUCUCCCAAUGACACCUGACGCGAGUCCAGCGACCGCACCAGAGGCGCCUCGCGCAGAGCGAGUGAACCCAAUCUCUAACCGCUCAGUGGGGAACAGUUCAGCUUCAGGGGAACCUAAAAGGUUGCUUCGCGACUAGUGCCGCAGUCCCCUCGAAUCUUACACAUACAUGCGACCCCGUGACCUUGCUUCUGACUAAAGCCACGGACGCGUGAACUAAGUAACAUUACAUUUUUUUUUUUUAAAUUUGUAUUAUAGUUUAACUUGCAACAAUCUAUUUUUAACCGACUUCAUUAUUUUAGUGUAUAAUUUUAAUUGUAUUUAAUUAUUUUACAGUUCCGACAUAAAUUAAUAAUGAUGGUCUUAUAUGAAAUGGUUGACUUUUACGAGACGAUUUUAUUCGGUGAUUAAAUAAAUGAUUAACGCAGAUGCCGCGUUUAGUAUAAUUGUAAAAGCAUGUCUUCACUUCUUUGUUUGAACAUUUUAAUGUAACUUCUCAGUGAAUUAUAGUCUCGUCGUAUUGUUACGUUUAGCUUUAGUGUUAUUAGCGUUCGUAUUGUAGUCAUUGUGCCCACCUAAUUAUUAGUUUCGUUGAUGUAAUCCGAUACGAGUUUUUUGACAUAGCAACUUGACUAGCGAAUAUCCUUUACUGCACCAGUUGAGUGAUACGCUCUUUUAUUUUUUUUUAAUGUGUGUAUCGAUAUUUUCCAUUACCUAUAUCAAUCGUCGACUAUUUAUCUCUUUUAGAUUUUGGUAAUUAAAAAAUACGGUUAUCUGUAAAGUCUGUUUACUGACAAUAGUUGAACGUGACAACGUCAUAAGAAAAUACUAAUGGAAUCGUUGCAUUUUUCAAAAGAAAAUGAUCGUUUUUCUAAAAUACUGUUUAGUAAUCUUCAUAGACCAGAAUAUACUUUUUUUCUUGUAAUAAAAGUGGGCAACCCUAGGGCGAGGGAACGACGCAUGACGUCAUCUUUUUUCGAGUGUGCAACCGGCUCCAUCGAAUUAUAAGACGUUGUCACUUCAAAAAUGAGUUUUAAUUUGUUUCAGUUUUAGUUCUUAUUUUUUAUUUCAUUUUAACAGAAUAAAAAUGUUGUCUAGUAGGUAUGUAAAAUUGAUAACUCAACUACCUACGUGUUUCUAAUGACUACUCGUCGUGUAGAAGGCUGUUGGGCACUCAGUACUACUGUUGUCUACGCUCAAGCGUUUGUAUGUAAUUUUAUGCUAAACUCAAAGAAACGUCCGGGCCGAUUUAUAAUAGAACACUGAUAAUUAAAUUUAUUAGUCUUAAAGGGGCCGAUUGUAAGGAAAGAGUCUGUGAUUUCGCUUAAAAUAAUGUUUCAUGCUUAUUCCUAAUUUUAAAGUAUGUAUCUUUUAAAAAUACUAUAAAAAUGUAUAAUAUAGACCUAAGUUUUAGCCAGCGUAUAGUUUUAUAUUAAUUUGUGACCAAAUUGCAAAAUUUAGGAUAUUUAAGUGAGAAUGUAACGUGAAGUCUUAAUGUAAGUAGGUCAUAGUAAAUAGUUUUUAGUCAACUGAGUUGCAAAACUGUGCCCCGCACUCGACGCGUACAUACGAGUAUAUAUAGCGUACAUACGUAUUUUUAUAAAUCAGUAGGGCUUUACAGUCGAAUUCAUAGACGUUGUAGGGGCACCUCCAGGGGAUCUUUUAGCCGCUGAGUGUUGAAUUCUCAAACAAAUAGAGGAUUUGUUUGAGAAUUUGUCACUCAUCGGGAGAAUGAUCCCCUGGGCGUGUCUCUAGAACGUCUAUGAAUUCCAAUGUUAGAUGUGCGCCAUGACAUAUUAUCUAGUAAAGAUAAAAUGACACAUUAGCGACCAAUACCGCGAUAGGCGAAAGAGGUGCGUUUCGGUUUGGCUGCUAUUGAUCAGCUGUUUCUUUCUCUACAAGAGAUGUCGGGUGCACAUCGUAGGUAUAUAACAGUACAGUUUAUACAACCGACCACGGCCACCACUAUAACAGAAAAUAAUGGUCCAUUGUUUGUAUACAGAUAACUUUGCUUAAAACAAAAUAUACCAUAUUAUCAUUGACAUCUUAUAAUAAAAGGACGCACAAUCAUGUAGAAAAUUUUACCAAUAUGCCUUUAAAUAAUAGUCCAAUAUUCAAUAAAAUUCUUCAGAGCAAAUUCAAGCUUAAGGAUUGAGUUUAAGGUUGAAUUUGCAAAUGCGAGUACUUGAAUUGAGAGCCAAGAAGUUGUGUUUGGCACUCAUUGAGUGGGGACGUUUUUUGGUCGCUGAUUGUGCAUCCACUUUAUUAAGAGAUCGAUGCAUCUUAUACAAACCCAUAUACAAUUUAAAAAUGGUAUAUUCAACUGUCUAUUUAUUUGGAUAAAAUUAUAAUCUGGUAUCUUUAUCAAUCUGAUAUUCGAAAUCGUAUUUAUGUAGCUGAUAUUAUUUUUUAUCUCAUGUUCUUUAUUACGUGUAUUCUGAUUUAUUUGUGUAGUAUAUUCUUUCAUUAUUUCUACUUAUUCAGAAUUUAUAUAGUUUCAAUUUAUUUUCAUGCAAAGGCUUAGACAUAUUGAAAUUUUAAAAUAAAAUCUUUAAAAAUGGAAGCUGCUUGGAAGUCACUUUUCCAAUAAUAAGUUACUUUUAAAUUCAAUUUUAAAAAUAUCUAUUGCACAUACUUUAAGUAAUCUUUUCAGUAUUAUUAUUUUAUUACUAACAAAUAUAAAAAAUCAAUUUCCGUGACUUCUGAUGCAAUGAAGGGACUAUCGUAGAGUAUGUUUUCCACGGCCUUUCAAAUUUUUGAAUUCAAAAUUUAAUAAAAUCAUAUUUUUUAACCGCUAGCAACACUUCACGAAACAUAUUGAAACUUUCUCGUUCCAGCCGUUUGUUUAACACUCGACUACUGCAAAUGAACAACGUUUUGAAGCGAAGCUUCUAUACGGACGUUCGGGACAUAUUUUACCAUAUAUAAUAAAAACAGCCCUGUUUUUAUUAUAUAUGGGUAUAUAUUCGAUGGGUUAUUGGUGUUUCAGAUAUACAUAGAUUCAACGUCGUUUCUAUUGUAAAGACCAGUGUCUUUAAAUUUAAGUCAACUUUCAAGUCUCUACUUUAAAUUUAAGUCCAUUGAUUUUUUUUUCAGUUGUAUAAACUGUACUCGUGUAUAUUUACAGUAGCGUGGUAAGUAGCUUAUUGAAUCAUAUUUUCAAUAUAAUUAAGAGAAUAUAUAUAACGAAUGUAACGUGUAACAAGGUCACUUCAUUAUGUUUUAUCUCAGCUAUAUACAUUCAUUUGAUUUUUUUUAACGACCGUACCUACUGUGAUCUAAUAAUUUUUAUAUUCGAUCGAAAUGACAUUUAAUUAAAUCAAUUUAUUCAAUCAUUUUUAUUAUAUAACAUGGUUAGUUUAAGUUUUAUCUGAAUACCGAUGUUUGUUGGGCGGUACACGAAAUUAUAAAAUCAAGUGUUAUAAUUUUCAGAAUGGUGUAUUUAAACACUAGAUCAAUUUAUAUAUCUAUAAUUUUAACUUUUAGAGCUGUUUCAAUAAGCAUCGGUAUUUAUUUUAAUUGUGACUGUCAUAUUAAAGCAGACGUAACGUGUAACGUAACGUUGCACGUGUAGUGAAAUUUGUUUUUAUUUGCGACAAAUACUAUAGCUAACUUGCGCUAUUGUUUGCAGUUGUUACAUAUGGAAAUGUUUGCAUGUAUAUUUGCAUAAAGUGUUAAAGGCGGCUCAAAUUUGUACUGGUUGAGAUGUUGACGGGUUGGACUUAAAUAAAAAAAAAGUAGACUUAUGGCAAAAACAUCCAAGUUUAAUUUUCAUGGAAAAUGUAAUAUGAUCAUCGAUCUUCUAUUACAAUGUGGAUGCACAAUCAGCGACCAAAACCACGCCCAAUGAGUGCCAAACACAACUUCUUGGCACUCAAUUCAAGUAGUCGCAUUUGCAAAUUCAACCUUAAACUCAAUUCUUAAGCUUGAAUUUCCUAUGAAUUUGGGAUUUUAUUGAAUAUCGGACUAAUUUAAAGGCCUUUAGUUAUAAUUUUCUUUACCAAUAAUUCUAAAAAUGUCCAAGCAAACUUGGCCAGUUUUUAAGUGAAAUUUUCUACAUGAUUGUGCAUCCAUUUAUUAUAAGAGGUCAAUGAGUAUGAUAGUUUUAUUGAUGCCAGACUGAGAAAGUUUUAAAGUCGACCUUUUAAACAGUAGCGGGAAUACCUUUUCAUACACAUAUUAUUUUACAAUUAAAAAUAAUAUGAUAGACUUAUAGAAAUAUUUUGCCCCGACACAAACAAAAAUUUUUUUUGCCAGUUUCUUCUUAAUAAGUAAUCAAAUAUUGAAUCAAUCUUUCUAUAAUCAAAUAAUGAAUAUAUAUUUUUUAAAUAUUUACUUUUAAUUUUAUAUUUAAAUGGUUAGUAUUUAUAUCAAUAUUGUAUUAAUUAAUAUUUCUUUUAUUAUUGGCAAAUGUCUACAUGCAAAUAUUUCAAACCAUUUCAGUGUUUUCUAGUUGUUUUACAUUUCGUCGAGCUCCCAUUUUAAGAGUAUAUAGCCGCUGGCCAUCUUCUAUAGUGACACAUACUAUAAAAAUGUAUUAGAACUGAUGUAACUUUUACUUAUGGUUUAAUAAAAUUCAUUAUAUAAUUUUAUGUAAAA